GGGGAUCCAGAGGAGGAGAAAGGAGGGAAGACAGAUGAAGACCUCAGCCUGGAUGAGGUUCUCCGGUGGGGAGGAACACGGGCAGAUUAUGUCAUGCUGGCUGGUCUGGAAGACUCCAACGAGCUGGUGGACGGAGGAAAGAAAGGAGCGAUAGACGACCUGGAGGAGGGCGAGCUGGAGAAGUUCAUCACUAAGCUGGGCAUCAAGGCGUUCGCAGGAGUGCAGGUCAUCCCCGAGGAGCCUGAGGGCGAGGAGGACGAGAAGAAAGACAAGAAGGAAGAGAAGAAGGAGGAGAAGAAGUCUAAAGCAAAGAAAGAACCAGCCGUGGAGCAGACAUCGAGCUCUCAGCAGGAAGUGAAAACCAUCCCAGAGGUGGAGAAGAAGCCGAAGGCCAAGAAGACCAAGAACGCUCAGACCGCCGCCGGGAGGAAGGCGAAGCUGAACGUGAACGUGUUUGAGUUCCAGAAGAGGCAGGCGCUGCUCAUCAAACCCGGAGGGAAGUGGUUCGACCAGGAGUACGCCGCCGAGGGAUCAGCUGAGCCGCAGGACGCCACGCUGGUGUCUCAGUACAAGACGCUCGCCCAGCAGCUGCUGGAGUCUGAGGUGGAGCUCUACAAGAGCAAGAAGGUUCUGCAGAAAGGAGCCAACUCCAACUGGAUGAAGACCGUCGUCUCCUCCGGCGUGCUCGCCGACAGGAUGGCGGCCAUGACGGUUCUGAUUCAGGACGCCCCGGUGCACUCGCUGCUGCACGUGGAGAACCUGGUCGCCAUGGUGAAGAAGAAGGGCAGCAGGCGGAUGGGUCUGAUGGCGUUGGACACUCUGCGCGAGCUCCUGCUCUCCGACCUGCUCCCGGAGCACAGGAAGCUCCGCCCCUUCGCUCAGCACCCGUUCGACCAGCUGGAGGAGAAGGCGAGCGGGAACAGGGACGCCAGAGACCGCCGGCUGGUCCUCUGGUACUUUGAGCAUCAGCUCAAACAUCACGUGGCCGAGUUCGUGGCGGCGUUGGACACGGUGGCUCACGACACGGUGGCGGCCACCAAGGCGAAGGCGCUGGCCACCGCCCACGAGAUGCUGUGCAGCCGCCCGGAGCAGGAGCGGGCGCUGCUCAUCCAGGUCGUCAACAAGCUGGGAGACCCCGAGUACAAGACGGCGGCGAAGGCGUCGUACCUGCUGGAGACGCUGCUGCACAAACACCCCAACAUGAAGGCGGUGGUGUGCUGCGAGGUGGAGCGCCUCAUGUUCAGGCCCAACAUCAGCCCCAAGGCGCAGUACUACGCCGUCUGCUUCCUCAGCCAGGUGAUGCUGAGCCACGACGAGACCGAGCUCGCCGCCAAGCUCAUCACCAUCUACUUCUCCUUCUUCAGAGCCUGCGUGAAGAAGAAGGACAUCGAGUCCAAGAUGCUGAGCGUGCUGCUGUCGGGCGUGAACCGGGCGUAUCCCUACGCCGGCACCGGAGACGAGAAGGUGAAGGAGCAGCUGGACACGCUGUUCAAGGUAGUCCACCUGGUCAAGUUCAACACGGCCGUGCAGGCGCUCAUGCUGCUGUUCCAGGUCAUGGACUCCCAGCAGAGCAUCUCAGACCGGUACUACACCGCUCUGUACAGGAAGUUGUUGGACCCUGGUUUGUCGUCGUCCUCCAGGCAGAGCAUGUUCCUGAACCUUCUGUAUAAGUCUCUGAAGGCGGACAUCGUUCUGCGGCGAGUCAAAGCCUUCGUGAAGCGUCUGCUUCAGGUCAGCGCCGAGCAGAACGCCAGCUUCGCCUGCGGGGCGCUCUUCCUCGUGUCCGAGGUGAUGAGGGCCAAACCCAGCCUGAAGGUUCUGCUGCAGCAGGAGGAGGAUGAAGAUGAGGAGGAGUUCAAAGACCUGGCUGAAGAGAAGGAAGAUGAUGAUGAUGAAGAGGAGCGCUUCGUGGACGCAGACAAACUGGAGGAAGGAGCGGUGAGCGAGGAGUCGGUGAAGGCGAAGCCCGCGGCAUCGUGGGUCCAUCAUCAGAACCUGGAAGGAGGAAAGAAGAUCCAGACCUACGACCCUCUGCACAGAAACCCGUUGUACUGCGGCGCUGACCGAACGACUCUGUGGGAGCUGCAGAGGCUCUCCCAGCACUUCCACCCGUCCGUGUCGCUGUUCGCCAAAACCAUCCUGCAGGGAGACCCCAUCCAGUACUCGGGCGACCCUCUGCAGGACUUCACCCUCAUCAGGUUCUUGGAUCGCUUCGUCUUCAGGAACCCCAAACAGCUGAGAGGAAAACAGAACACAGACGCUGCAGCGAUGAUGCCCAAACAGAGGAUACCCCUCAAAUCUCUCCCCGUGAACUGUGAGGAGUUCCUGUCCAAAGAGGAGAGUCAGAUCUCUGUGGAUGAGAUCUUCUUCCAUCGCUUCUUUAAGAAGCGUCAGCAGGAGAAGCAGCUCCGCCGGCCUCGAGCAGACGGAGACAACGAGAGCGUGGAGGACGUGGACGAUGAAGAGUUUGAGAAGUUACUGGACUCCGCUGAGGGAGACUCGUACUUCACUGAGAUGGCCGAGGAGGAUCUGGACUUUGCCGGAAACGUGAAGAGUAAGAAAGGAAAGAAGAACCAGCAGGACUCGGACUCUGACGACUCGGACGUGGACGACCUGGACGAUGAGGAGGUGUCUCUGGGCAGCAUGGACGAGGAGGACUUUGGAGACGAGCUGGAGGAGGACGGAGGGAUGUUCAUGGAUGCUGACGGAGGCGGAGACGACGAUGACGAUGAAGAAGUUCCUGAGCUUGAGGACGAUGCUGCGUUCGAUGAUUCAGACGAGGAGGUGGAAGCUCCAGACAUCACUCCUCGCUCCAAGAAAGGGAAGAGGAAAUCCACAGAGGAGCUCGACUUCUCUGGAUCCUCAGGCUCCAAACAGGCGAAGAAGAAGAAAGGAAAGAAAGACACCGCCAUGUUUGUCUCUGCUGAUGAGUUUGGCUCUCUGUUGGACGAGAACGCCGGCUCCAAGUUUGACAACAUCGGGCUGAACGCCAUGGCCAACAAAGACAAAGCAGGUGUGAAGCAGCUGAAGUGGGAGGCUCAACGUGACGACUGGAUCCAAGGCCGAGACGCCAAGACGCUGCGCAAGAAGAAGACGAUGUUCAACAAGAAGAAGUCGUUCGGCCGAGCGAGGGCGGGAGGCAAAGCGCUCGGGAACAAGAAGAGGAAGAAGUAACGGCUGCCGUGUGUUUGAUGUCGUGGAUUUAAAAGGACCCACAGAGUCACUCCUGUUUGGCCGACCAGGCUUCGUGGUCUCUCUCUCGGACCCCGUAGACGCCGGCCCACUCGUUGGACUGGUAAUAAACUGAGGAGAGAGAGAGAGAGGGAGGAGGGGUUCAGAUCCAGAUUAAAACACACUGCUGGAUUAACUCUGACCUGAGGAGGAGCCGGGUUAAGACUUUGGAGAACAGGAGAUUGUUUUUCAUGCUUACAUGUUUAUGAUGCAUUUAAAUUUUCAUACAGAAAUAAUGUUCUUGUAUCUUUGACAAUGUACAGAUUCAUAAAUCAAAUUAAAGUUAUUCAGGUUUUCAGACA